CAAUUGUGUCUAUAAAUAUCAACGAUGGAGCUCCAAGAGUAAGGAGAUUCAAAAAUCGGGCAAAGUCUUAUACGAGAAGUGGCAUUUUAAAUGCUAAAUAAACACUGAUCAAAUCAAACAAACAAAGCUCAAAUUCUAAGGCCCUACUUCAGUAUAUAUAUGAGAACAUAUAGCCCCACUACUGUAUGCAGCACUGAGAAUCCUUCUCAAUCACAUCUCCUUCUCACUCUCGUUUUUUUUCUGUUCAUCUCUCCCACGUGCAGACAAAGAGGUUAUCAGGUUAAGUUAAAGAGAUCAAACUCUGAGAACUGUCUAUCCAUUAUUGCUAUUGUUGCAGCUUCCAAGCUUAUUACAUGGAUGAGAAGUGGAAAAUAUCAAAGAAGGAAGCUUCAGGUGCCCAUUGUUCCAGUUCUUCAAAGUUUCCUCUCACCAGGAGUUUUUCAGCAAAGAGCAUUUCUUCCAAGUCUCCUCUUCUUAGGAGUUCUUCACAGAAGAGCUCAUGUUCUCCAUCUUCUUCAUCAUCUAAAUGUUCACUGCCUCGAAGUUUUUCACAAAAGAGCUCUUCCAUUUCGCGUAAAUGUAGUAGCUUGGCCAAGGAACAGAAGGCAAGAUUUUACAUUAUGAGGCGCUGUGUUGCCAUGCUUGUUUGCUGGCAUAAGCAUGGAGAUUCUUGAAGGAAAAAAGAGAUGCAGGGAAGGUUCCUUUCCAUUUUCUCCACUCAUUUAUGCAGGAUGGUUCUUGGAUUUUGUUUGUUUUGAAUUCAUGGAUUUCAUCCAUUGGAUAAAGAACAGAUAAAUGUCGCAAUUUUUCUUGCUCAACUUCAUUUUUAAUUAGUCCAGUUCAGCUUGUAAUUAUAAAUGAGAGAGCUACAAGUUUUAUAGUUGUAAGGAAAAACUAUAUCAACAAUUAGAUUUCUGUCAAAUCUUAAACCAGCAAGACUUUUUUUUCUAAUCUUUUCUUCCUUCUUUUCCACCCUGUGAUUUCUUUUUGUUUUCCCCUUGAGAUAUUAAUCAAAGCAGAUCUCAAAAUCAGGUCUUCUUAAAUUUGAUUUUCCUUUUUGGAGUGGCUUUUGGUUGGGUAUUUUUGUUCCAAUUUUCUUCUUUGUUUGUUUGUGUUGAUGACAGAGAGAUUCCUUUCAGCUGUUCCAGUUGCCAAUAUAAUAAUAGGACAUCAUUGGAUAUUGGAUCUGCAUUGGGAAUGAAAACAAUCCUUUUCCCUUUUAGAAAAAGGGGUGGGAAAUGAGUAUUCUGUAAAAUAGAAGGCAAACCUUGGAUUGAUCCUUAAAUAAAACUCUGGCUCUUUUCCUUUCAGUUCUGAUCCCCCACUUUUCUCAAUUUCAUAUUUCAACUCACCAAGUCAGCCCUGAAACUGUUUUUUAAUGUGCUAAAACUCAGUAAAUGGUGAAUGAUAAGCUUGAGAAUCAGUGAAAAACUUUUCUUCAACACUUCAUUGGAAGGAGUAGCACAUCCUGACUGCUAAGUUUUCCAAGUGUAAGGCAACAAAACACAAGGAAAAAUCUUUUAAACUCAAAACACACUUAAACCAAGAAUUAUGUCUGAGAUGCAUGUAAUAUGGUCAUUCAUCAUGAAGCUCCAUCUAUCAUCCAAGUUCCAGCCUUCCCCGAAUAACAUUUUAGCUAAAAUUGGUGACGGUCAUUACUUCAAAAGAAGGGGAUCUCACUACCAUGACGCAUUAGAAAAUUUGUUAAGUUGUGUUCAAGCUCUGAUGACAGUAAGGAAAUAGCAAGAUGAAUUGACUACCCCUUUCCUCAUUCAAAUUUGCCUAGGGCAAUGUUUGUCUGAUAACAUAGAUUAAUAUGUUCUUCCUCCUGUUUUUAACUUCCUUGCAUUGUUGCAACAACUUCAUCUUCAUUAAUGCUAAUGGUGGUUCUGCAAUUAGCACCAGGAUUUUGCGAAUAUGGAUGUGUUUUAACUUUCAGCUAUGGUUUUACAUAAAAAGCAUCCAUUAGAUUAAUAAUGAUCUUUGGUGUCCAACUACCUAGGCUCAACACAAAAGUUAUUACUAUGAAUGAACCUCCGUACAAAGUUGAAAACAACUGACAGCAAAUUUAUCAUAUUACUUCAGUGCAUUUGACUCCUGAGCCUUAUGUCUUUUAGGCUACGAGGGAGAGGAUUAGUAUAAGUAACUGUAACUGUGAUGAUCAACACGAUUUCAACCAAUUCAAAAGGCUGUAAAAGCUCAAAUUCUUUCAAUAAACUUUAGAUCUUAACCACGAUUGAUGUAACUUUGCAAAUAUAGAAUUAACAAAUCCAAAAUCUUUUAUGUGUAAUAUCAGAAAAAAUAAGCAAAAAUAUCAAUUUCUCUAGCUGUAGCUGAGCAAUCUUGGUAAAAUUAGAAAUUAGCAAGAAAAUAAGAAAUGGGAUGCCGCAUACCUCAUGA